AGGCCCUGGGCUGGGCGCGGCCCCUGCGCUACCUUCGCCGGCCGCUGGCGGCGGGUCGGGCCCGGGCGGGGUGACGGCGGCUCCCGGAGCAGGCUCCACUUCCGGGGCGGGCGGCUCCGCUUCCGGGUCGGCGCGCGAGGGCUGGCUCUUCAAGUGGACCAAUUACAUCAAAGGCUACCAGCGCCGCUGGUUCGUCCUCAGCAACGGGCUCCUCAGCUACUACCGGUCCAAAGCAGAGAUGCGACACACUUGCCGCGGCACUAUCAACCUGGCCACAGCCAAUAUCACCGUGGAGGACUCCUGCAAUUUCAUCAUCUCCAAUGGCGGUGCCCAGACCUACCACCUCAAGGCCAGCUCAGAGGUGGAGAGGCAGCGCUGGGUCACUGCCCUAGAGCUGGCCAAGGCCAAAGCUGUCAAGAUGCUGGAAGAAUCAGAUGAUUCUGGUGAUGAGUCCAUGUCACAGACGGACAAGACAGAGCUUCAGAGCACACUGCGCACCCUGUCCAGCAAGGUGGAGGAUCUGAGCACCUGCAACGACCUCAUUGCUAAGCACGGCACAGCCCUGCAGCGUUCCCUCAGUGAGCUGGAGACCCUCCGGCUACCGGCUGAGAGCACAGAGAAGAUCAAGCAGGUGAACGAGCGAGCCACUCUUUUCCGUAUCACCUCCAACGCCAUGAUCAAUGCCUGCCGGGAUUUUCUGGUGCUGGCACAGACCCACAGCAAGAAGUGGCAGAAGUCACUGCAGCAUGAACGAGACCAGCGCAUCCGCCUGGAGGAGACGCUGGAGCAGCUUGCCAAGCAGCAUAACCACCUGGAGAGGGCUUUCCGUGGUGCCACUGUCCUGCCUGCCAGUGUACCUGGCACUGGGGGCUCAGCCAAAGAUCCGUGUUGCCCUGCAAAAGGAGACAUGAGCGAUGAGGAUGAUGACAACGAAUUCUUUGAUGCCCCAGAGAUCAUCACCAUGCCAGAGAGCAUGGGUCACAAACGCACUGGCAGCAACAUCAGUGGCACCAGCAGUGACAUCAGCCUGGAGGAGCAGUACAAGCACCAGCUAGAGGACACCAAAAAAGAGAAAAGAACCCGCAUCCCCUACAAGCCCAACUACAGCCUCAACCUCUGGAGCAUCAUGAAAAACUGCAUUGGGAAGGAGCUAUCUAAGAUCCCCAUGCCGGUGAACUUCAAUGAGCCCCUGUCCAUGCUGCAGCGCCUCACGGAGGACCUGGAGUAUUACGAGCUGCUUGACCGGGCAGCCAAGUGCGAGAGUUCCCUAGAGCAGCUGUGCUAUGUGGCUGCUUUCACCGUCUCAUCCUACUCUACCACUGUCUUCCGCACCAGCAAGCCCUUCAACCCACUCCUUGGGGAGACCUUCGAGCUGGACCGCCUGGAGGAGAAUGGCUACCGCUCCCUUUGCGAGCAGGUGUGUCACCACCCUCCAGCAGCUGCCCACCAUGUUGACUCCAAGCAUGGCUGGACGCUUCGUCAGGAGAUCAAAAUCACCAGCAAAUUUCGGGGCAAAUACCUCUCCAUCAUGCCUCUGGGUACCAUCCACUGCGUCUUCCACUCCUCCGGUAACCACUACACAUGGAAGAAGGUCACCACCACCGUGCACAACAUCAUUGUGGGCAAGCUCUGGAUAGACCAGUCAGGUGAAAUUGAGAUUGUCAAUCACAAGACGGGUGACAAGUGUAUCCUCAAGUUCGUUCCUUACAGCUACUUCUCUCGGGAUGUGGCGAGGAAGGUCACGGGGGAGGUGACAGACCCGACUGGGAAGGUGCACUUUGUUCUGCUGGGCACCUGGGAUGAGAAGAUGGACUGCUACAAGGUGAUAUCAGGUGUGGGGGACAACGGUGUGGAGGGACGUCAGAAGGCCCACGAGGCUGAGGACAGCCGGGUGCUGCUGUGGAAAAGGAACCCCCUCCCGAAGUAUGCAGAGAACAUGUAUUACUUCUCGGAACUGGCGCUGACACUCAAUGCUCCAGAGAAUGGCACGGCACCCACAGACAGCCGCCGGCGCCCCGAUCAGCGCCUCAUGGAGAACGGGCGCUGGGAUGAGGCCAAUGCUGAGAAGCAGCGGCUGGAGGAAAAGCAGCGCAUUUCUCGCAAGAGGCGUGAGGCUGAGGCUGCAAGGGCCACAGAGGACGGUACCCCCUAUGACCCCUACAAGCCGCUGUGGUUUGAGCGCAAGAAGGAUCCCAUCACCCAGGAGAUGACACACAUCUACAAGGGCGGCUACUGGGAGAGCAAAGAGAAGCAGGACUGGACCUUGUGCCCGGACAUUUUCUGAGCCAGUGGCAGGAGGAACAGCAGGAUGAAGGCGAGCUGACUGCGAGGGGAGCAGCUGCAGUGGGCCUGCAUCACAUGGCCCUUUCUGCAGCGCGCAUCUGUCUAUCCGUCUGUCUUAACCACCUGUCUGUCCCCAUGUGUUGCCGCGAGUGCCAGCUGUACUCGCCUGCCGGGGUUGCCUUAGCUGAUGCAAACUGACCUUGACACCAGGGUGGGGAGCAGGAGCCAGCCCAGCCCUGUGCCUGCUCCCUUGAGGGGCAUUCCCCCUCCGUCCCACACGUACGCACUUGUGCGCAGCCCGGCCCCCCUCCCCAGCGCAGGGUAAAUUGCUCCCUGUGCGUCUCCCUGAGGUGCCAAGGCAUGACUCCCCCCUUGACGUGUACCCCCAGGGGGAGGAAGCAAGCAUGACUCCCAGGGAGGGCAGGGUGCUGGCUCUGCCUGGGGUAGCUAGCACCAUGUGGGAGAGCCUGAGGCUGGCCUUAGUCUCUGCCCUGCCUCUCAUUUCCUUCCCUGUUCCUCUGACCCCAAAUGGCCAGGUGCUCUCUUGUGCUGAGGGUGCCUGGGCUUCAGGGCACCACCUGACCUGCCAGGGUGCCCAGAUGCCCUGGCCAUGCCCUACAGCCUGUUCUAUAGAUGUAUACAAUAAUAUAUGUAGAGAGCUACUGGGGCCCUUGGUCCCAUUCUUCCCCUGCGGUUCUGUGGCACCUGAGGGGAGCGGGCAUGCAGCCUGCCCCUGCUCCAGGGUCUCGGGUGUCCUGUCCCCCAGUCUUCCUGGGGUGUAGGCUGGCCAUGCCCCCCCCCAGGCUUGGACUCCCCCAUCAAGGUUCCUUUCUCAUAGAUUAUUUAGGAGAAGGAGAGAUCCUUAGUUGUGUGGGGGCAGCCCUGGACACUAGCGGGCUGUGCUAGGCUGCUCUGUGCACACUACCUCCCCUAGCAGAGGCAGCAGGGCACAGUGGCCCAUGUCCAUCUCCCCUUGCCAGCUUCUCCUCCCCCCACCCAAUUCCUCCUUUGCCCCUCUGGGUGGGAGAUCUCUGUGGAGCAGGCGAGCAGGGGUCCCUGCAUCCUCAAACACUACAAUGAGGUGGAAACACUCAGCCAGGGGAGAGGGAGGGUAGUGCUAGUGAGCAGGGGAUCUGUCUCCCCAAACAUGAUGUGGGAGCAGAGCUGCCCUCCUAGGAGUUAUCUCUGUGGGCAGGGGCUUGCUGCAUUCCUAAAAUGACAGAAAAGCAGGGAUAUAUGAUGCCUUUUUUUUUCUUUGUUUUCUUUCCUUCCAAGAGAACAACUAAAUUAAAAUCUGUGAAUGCCCCAA